AUCUAUGAAUCGUUCUGAAACAGGAAAGGCAACCUCCGAGGUGCAACGAGAGAGAAAACACAUGACUUGAAAAAUCGGAGUAAAAAUUAACGGAACUCUCGAAAGUAACAGCAUUCAGUUACGACUUAACAUUCAUGGCACUAAUUUGAAUUGAACUUUUAUUUUCAGACGUUACAGCAUCACGUAGCUUUUUUGAAAUAACGACAAUUCAUUCGUGCUUUGUUAUUGGAUUUUCGGUAGAAUAACUGACGCUCAUCAGGACUUGCGUAAGGACACCCAGCCUAUAAACACGACACAUCUUUCCUAUAUAGUUAAAACUAACGACGGAGCAGUAGGUGAACGAUGGAGAGCGCUAAGUUGAGGUCGAUUCCGAAGAAAACAAGUGAAAGAUAUUUUCUUUGCGAAAUAUGCCGAAGUCUUUUAGAGCGAUUUCGUCGAUGUGAAUACUUAAAGUUGGAUGGAAAAGGAUGCAACUGCGUGAAUGAAGAUGACGAGGGAGUCUCUAACGAAUGUGAAGGAUUCUAUCAAGAUAGCAGUUCUCAAACGGAAUUGAUGCACGCUCCGCCUUCGACUUCUCAAGGGUUGGUCUAUCAACUAUCAGAUUCGCCUGCAUAUAUGCAUGCAUCUCAAAUACUCGAUUUAAGUCCAAGAAACUUUCUCUUCGCAAGAGAUAAUCUUCCAAAAGAUCAAGAGUAUCGAGAAAUACGGAAUCCCUACGUGCUGGUGAUUAACAUUGUAAACUUUAUCAAGGACCCACGACCAAGGAAUGGGGCUAAACACGAUCAAGAUAACGUGGAGAGGUUUGUCAGAGAAGCUGGUUUCAGCAAUGUUCUGAUGCAUUUUGACCUGGACAAACAAGGAAUGCUGAAAAUUCUUGAAGAAACCCGAAAAAAUGCAGAUUUGGUUGAAAAUGACAGUUUUAUCUGCAUUAUUAUGAGCCAUGGCAACGAAGAAGGUAUUUUAUGCAGAGAUCAUAAAACUAUUUCAGUGGAGACCAUAAUGGAGAAAUUCCAGGGAAACAAUGAUGCUUGUCCUCAGCUUGCAACAAAACCAAAAUUGUUCUUUGUUCAAGCAUGCAGAGGAGAAAUUGAUGACAAAGGGUACUUUGCACCAAGAGGGCCAAAAGAAGUUAAUCCUGAUACAUCUGACAACAAUGAGAUGCCUGUAAAACUUCCCUCUGAUGCAGAUUUUUUGAUCGCCUACUCUACCACCAAAGGCACAAUCUCUCACAGACGCUUCACAGUUGACAGAAGAUAUGCUGAAACACAUAAGGAAAGUCUGGGUUCCUGGUUCAUCUCUUGCUUAGUACAGGUUCUAUGUGAGAACUCUCACAAGGAGGACUUAAUGACUAUGCUCACAAGAGUGAACAGAGCCAUGUGUGAAUUUUACACUGAAGGUGGAAGCAAGCAGAUUUCAUGCCAACUUUCUAUGCUCACAAGGAAAGUCUACUUUUCUAACUUCCUUGAUAAGAAAAAGUGUGUGGGCAGCAACACAAAUUAGGCAAACCUUGACGACCAAACUGUGUUA